AUGUCCGGACUGGAAUCAUACAUCAACCACACAGUCAGCAUAAUCACGGCAGACGGGCGGAACUUCAUAGGAACUCUGAAGGGCUUUGACCAAACCAUCAAUAUAAUCAUUGACGAAUGUCAUGAGCGUGUCUUUUCCACAACCUCCGGGAUCGAGCAGAUUGUCCUCGGACUGCACAUCAUCCGCGGCGACAACAUUGCGGUUAUCGGACUGAUAGAUGAGACCAUCGACUCCCGGUUGGACCUGGCCAACAUUCGAGGCGAACCCCUCGGCCCAGUGGUGCACUAGGAUAGGAUACAAAAUAAAGCUGAUUUUCAAGACAUAA